AUGGAAAGUAAAAAUAAUGUUCUACAAGUAGAAUCUGUAGGAGUUAAAUUACAAAAAAAUGAAAAUUCAAAACAAACCUAUACUUCAAAGUUGAAAAAGAUUGAAAAGAAGUUCAACAAGAAUAAUAAAGAUGGUUCAUCCAGUACCUUAAUAAAUAAUCUACACAAUAAUAAUGUCAAAUGUAAAAAUAAAAAACAUAAUAAAGAUGAAAUAGAUAUAACACCAUAUCAUGAUCCAAAAAAAAAGACAAGCCAACUUCUCAAUAUAUCCCAUAUAGAUAUAAAAAAAAAAAUGCAAAAAAAUGAACAACAAAAUGAACAACAAAAUGAACAAAAAAAUGAACAAAAAAAUGAACAAAAAAAUGAACAAAAAAAUGAACAAAAAAAUGAACAAAAUGAACAAAAAAAUGAACGAAAAAAUGAACGAAAAAAUGAACGAAAAAAUGAACGAAAAAAGAAGUAUCCUAAUAAUAAUAAAAAUAAAGAAAAUAAAAUUAUAAAAAUAAAAAGUGAUGAUUAUUAUCUUAACCAACUUGUAAAAAAAGAAGAUACCUAUACACAAUGUGUAGAACAGAAAAGCGUCGAAAAUAAUAACAUAAAUACAUAUUAUAAUAAUAAUAAUGUUUCUAAUAUAUUAUACAAUAAACAAGAAUAUCAUACGAAUACAAACCAAUCAAGAGAUACAAAUGAUCAUGAUAUAUAUAAUACACAUAUUAUAGAACACUACAAAAAAAUCACAAAACAAGAACAUGAAGAAAAAAAAAGGAAAAAAAUACAAGAAAUAAAAGCAAAGCUCAUUAAAAAAACAACAACGAAAAAUGCUUAUACUCAAGUUGUUCUUGAUGAGUUCACAAAAUUUUACGAAAGUAUUAAACCAGCUAUCGACAAAAUUGUAGAAGAUGUAUCCUAUAAAGCACUCAAAAAAAUAUACGAAGAACGUGAAUUAGAAAAAAUUAAAAAAAAUAUUGAUUUUUAUGAAAAUAUAAGAAAUGAAAAUUAUAAAUCUCUUCAAGUGUGUCAAGAAAAUAGUGAAGCAUUUGUCAAAGAAACGAAAAAAAGAAUUAAAGACAGAGCCCAACUUAAGAAGAAUGUAGAAACUAUCAUGAUGAAAAAUAUGGCACACACAGAAGCUCAAAAAUAUGUUCAUUAUAUUUUUCAAAAAAAUUUAGAUAUAUAUUCAGGUGAUAACUAUAUGCCUAAUAAUGUUCAGAAAAAUAUAAACUUGAUCAUCAUACCAUACAUAAUAGAACUUAUCAUUUAUUUGAUGAAUGUACGAAAAGAAAUUGUUCAUCACACAAUGGGAGAUAUGAUAGAACAGGCGCUUUCUCCACAAUCGGACAUUUAUGAAAAGCUUAAGGAGUAA